AUGAGUUGGAUUCUGUGCCUGAGCCUCACCCUCUGCCUGAUGGUACAGACAGCCCUGGGUGCCUUGCACACCAAGGAGCCUCUAGUGGUUACCAAAUAUGGGACCCUCCGAAAGCAGUUAUACGUGGGGAAGACACCCAUCAAUGCCUUCCUAGGAGUUCCCUUCUACAGACCUCCUGUGGGUACCUGCAGGUUCACUGCCCCAGAACCCCCAGAGCCCUGGGAAGGAAUCAGAGAUGCUACCACCUAUGCCCCAGUGUGCCUUCAGGAGUCCUGGGGGCAGAUCACCUCCAUGUACUUCAACACACACAAAAAAUACAAGUGGCUGCAUUUCAGUGAGGACUGUCUGUACCUGAAUGUGUACGCGCCAGUAGGAGCGCUCGGGGACCCUCUGCUGCCUGUGACGGUCUGGUUCCCAGGACACGCCUUCCUCGUGGGCUCCGCUUCCAUGUAUGAUGGCCCCAAAUUGGCGGCCCGGGAGAAAGUGGUGCUGGCGCUUCUGCACCACAGCCUCGGUGUCCUGGGCUUCCUUAGCACAGGCGAUAGCCAGGCCGGCGGGAACUGGGCGCUGCUGGACCAGGUUGCAGCGCUGCGCUGGGUGCCGAAGAACAUCGCAGCCUUCGGCGGAGACCCAGGCUGGGUGACCUUGUUUGGCCAGUCAUCAGGGGCCAUGCGCAUCUCGGGACUGAUGACAUCACCCCUAGCCUGGGGUCUCUUCCAUCAGGCCAUCUCCCAGAGUGGCACCACAGUGCUCAGAGUCUUCAUCACUUCAUCACCUGGCUGA